AUGUCCUCCUCCUCGUGUGCUGGUCCAUCUAAAUUGAAUGAACAAUGGGAUGAUAGCGAUUCUGAUGAUGAUUGGGAGGCUGCCGAUGCCGGUCUAGAUGAUAUCGAACUGAAUAAUAAUAAGGAGGCUGCAGCUGAGAAGGCUUUAGCAGCCACCACCGCACCACAGGUUGCUACCACCGUCAAGAAGUCAGCCAGCAAGCAGCAAAAACAGGGCGAUAAGGGUAGUGGUACAAAGGUUACUUCCACAACUAAGGAGUUUGAUGCUGAUGAUAUGCCUCUCGAUGAUCCUAUAGCUGAGAAGGCUCGUCAACAGCGAAUGAUAGAGAAGGCCGAUAUGGAGAAUAUUUGUGAUAUGUUUGGUGUAUCUACCCCCAAUGAUGCGAGUAGUGGUUGUGAAGAUCAACAACAACACGUGAAGAUACGUGAGACUACUACUGUUGUGGAGAAGGAUUCAUUCGAGGAAUUACAGUUGAAGACGUUGAAGGACGUUGAACAGCUUAGUGAACG